CAUGUGAUAAAAGUAGAUUUGAAGGCCACGCCAACGAUAGAUGAAGUCGUGGGAAGUGGCAUCAUGAGCAUCAAGUACCUACUGGCCGCCACGGUGGCAAAGGAGCUCAGGCUGCUCGACGACUACUGUGACAUGCGCAAUAAAGAGCAGUUCUUGAUACAGUACUACACCUAUGAUGUUGGUAGGUCUGAAAAUUUGGAGCAUCACCUCCAACACGUGAUAGUUCCUCUGAUAAUUAAGAAGUUGUCAACAGAGAGGUACUUGCUAGUGGUUGAGAACCUUGAGACGCCAAUUGAGAUUGCCAGUUUUACUCGAGAUUGUGGGCUUCCUCCGCCCAUGUGGAAAGAUUCUAGAUGGAUCAUCUCAACCAGUUGUCAAGAUACCUACAACAAGAGCAAGUCAGAAGAUGAAGUUAUAUCCAUUGACAGUGAUGACAAGGUUGUGAUUCUUAUCCUCGCUGCGCUGCAUCAAUCAGCCGACCACAUACUAAAAAUGAUGAAUCAAGAAAGCAAAGAGCAUUGGCAUCGCGUGGCCCUUGAUUGCUUCCACUACACCAUGGCUAUCUUUGCCAAACAUUCACAAGCUGCGGAUGUUACCUCGGAUGAGCUCAUCCACCAGUGGGCCGUCGAAGGCAUCCUACCUUGUCAGUCUAUCAAGGCAAAAGAAAAAACUAGCUUCAUCAGCAGCAGCAAGUGUUCCUAUAUGCAUCGAGUUGGGAGGAUCAUCCUUGAAGCGUUUAAGGAGUACUCUCUAUUGCAGCUACCAUUUUCACCUGCUAAUGAAGCUAAUGAAGCCACAUGUACUGCUGCACAGUUUCUUGUCUACCAUGCCCUCAUUGCAGACAGCAUCGCAGUAGAUGAACUAUCUGAUAACAAGAAGAAAUGGGUCUCCUUUUCUGGUGACCAUGGAUGGCAUGUAAGCCGAGAAUGGUUGUUGAGCCAGGAGGAAGAAGCCAGGGGUACCACUGCACUUAUUCUAAGAGGCUGCUCGCAACAGUCACUCAUACUUUCCAAACUAAAUCAAUUAUUACCCAAACUCUGCUUUCUUCGUGUCCUUGAUCUCUCCUACACUCCACUAAGAUCACUCCCUUGUUCCAUUGGCUGUCUCCAGAACCUUCGGUUGCUCUCACUUCGAGGCUGCCAUGAUCUCAAAACUCUCUUUGUUUCCUCCACAACUAGUGACACAUAUUCAACAAAAAGUACGAGUUCACCAUUGUCCAGUCUAUGCCAGCUUGAGAUCCUUGAUAUGAAUGGAGUUCCUUUUUCUCAUCUCACGCAAGAUGUAGCCAACCGAAAGAGCACUUUGAUAUAUCUCGACAUGUCACAUUCACAGAUAACUAUGUUCCCUCCCAAUUUCUUCCAGGACAUGUCAAAUCUUGAAGAGCUUAUUCUUGUAAACUGCUCCAGCCUUGUGGAGCUACCUCGUUCCAUGGUUGCGCUAUCCAUCCUGAGGACCCUUGAGAUCUCAAAGACUCGAAUAAGAUACUUCCCCCAGAAGAUGUUUGAAGAAAUGCAGAAGCUUCAGUCUCUUAAACUCAUUGACAACAAUAACCUGAUUUCACUCUCAAGGUCAAUCUCUAGGUUCCAUACAAUCAGAUUGGAAGGGCAUCAUAACCUGAAAUCCUUCUCGUUGAUUGGCGCACCUCUUAUUCAACACUUGUCCUUACGUGGAUGUACAAAACUUAGGUCCAUCGAGCUCAAGAAUCUGGGUGCUUUGGAGGAGGUUGAUUUGUCAGGUACAUCUAUUCACGAGCUCCCUGCAGAUAUCCCUAAUGGUCCGCAACUCAGACGAUUGCUCCUAGUGGGUGUUUCGUCUCUGUUGCGAUUUCCUUGGCAUAUGCUAGAGAGACUUCCAGAGGUGUUUUACUUGGAUCAUUGCAAUGAAGGAAAUGGUAAUCACUUUGAUCAAGUUUCUCAAGUGUGUGUUUCCAACACCAUGUUCUUCUUUAGCUUCAGAGAAUCUUGCGUGGAUCUAGUAAGAGAUGGACGAUUUUUCCAUUCUUUCUAUGUUCGAGUCGCUCUAUGCAGUACAAAUAACAUGAGAUUACAGCAUGAAGGAAUGGUUUAUAACCAGUUGCAAGAGUUGUUGCAGAAGCAAUUAACAUAUAUGGAUGCAUAUAGCAGUUGCUAUGCACAUGAAAUUGAAAUUGUGUCACCAAAUACAGUCCAGCAAACUGACCGCCAUGUGGAGAUCACAGGGAUGCGACAUCCACCUUCUGGUUUAUACCAUCUUCUAUCUGUCACUAAAUCAGUAUUAGUGACAUGUGAUACUGGUAUGGAAAUUUUUUCUAGUUGGAGCAAUUUUCAUGAUCUAGAAGAAUGCGAGCUACUUUGGUGCCAUAAAAUGAAGCAAGUUUUCAAGUAUUCUUCAGGCUUGAAAAAUCUACGAAAUGUGCAUGUCUGUAAUCUGAGAAGUCUUGUUUUGUUCUGCUCGGAAUUCAGUAGUAUUGCCUUCAGUUCAUUAGAGCACCUGCACUUGGAGUACUGCCCAAGAUUGGAGGCCAUGAUGCCAGAUGCUGUAACACUACCAUGUCUCAAGACACUUGACAUCCUAUUCUGCUACAACCUGAAGAAAAUUUUCAUCCGCAGUUGAUCUCAAGAUGAUACGUAUCAGCUUCCGAACCUCCAAAGGAUACGUCUGCAGGAUCUGCCACUGCUCCAGCAAUUCAGAAACAACAACAAAGCCACCAUAACUGCACCCAUGUUGAAGGAGUUUCACGUCCGGGGAUGUUGGAGCCUCCGAAGCCUCCCGUGCCUACAAGAUCAGCAAGAGAUGGUGACGGUGAAUGGUGAGAGGAGCUGGUGGAGAAAGCUCGAGUGGCUCUCGACCUCACACUACGAUAGCUACGAGCCCAAGCUUCCACCGAAGUUCGCCUCCUUCAACGAACACACCAAGGUGACCAGCUACCUCAGAGUAAUCACCUAG